AUUGCGCCAUUUCUCUUUGGUGGUGUAAGAAAGGAAUGAGGAUCAAUCCUUUAUUGAGAAGUGAUGGGUCUCCUGAAAGAAGAGAAGGAGAGGCAUUUGUAUGGGACUGUAGUUUUGUUCGUUUUCAGUACACUAUAAGAGAUAGCAAUGGGUUUAUUAAAGAAGACUACUUUGGUUUUGGACAAGUUUAUGUUUCUGUAUUUCGUUUGGUAUUUAUUUGGAAGCCUCCCUGUUCUCCUCAACUGCAAGCUUUAGAGUUGGACUUGAAUGGAAUUUUCCAAGAAGCCGUUCAACAAGAACUCUUUGGACCUCCUGUAUUCAGAGCUAAAGUAAACGAGUCUAUGGGAAAUGAAGACAUUUGUGACGUUGUAUGUAUUGGAAGUGGCGCGUAUCUCCUCAUGGAAAGCCCAACAGCCAUAUAGCAUUCUAUUAUCUAGUAACGAAAAUAAUCAUAUUCAUAAUACUUGUUUGGCAUUGUUGGA